AUGCUGCAAAAGAAAUUACCACGUGAAGGCACAGCACCACAAACGGAAGACUCAGAUUCUCCAGUAGAGCGACGACUGCAUCAGUUUUCUUCAUCAGUGCCCAUAAGCUACUCGCGUUUUGAAUCUUCCAAAUCUUCGACGACGAUAUUCACUCGACGAUUCUUCAUAAAUCAACCUGCUUUCACCUUACUAUUUCAAUUCGCCGCUGUUAUUUUUCUGAUUGUACCAUGUUCGUGUCAAAUGCCUCCGGUACCAUCAGGAUCAGAUCGUGCCGAAGUGGACAUUCGAGUUUCUGGAGCUUGUAGUCCAAGUAUGCUGUAG